CUCAGUUUCCGAUCUUUGUCUUACACAUUUUGUAGAAACCCUAAUCGGUAUUAGGGCGGAGCCGCCGUCGUCGCCAUGACAACCCGCUUCAAGAAGAACCGGAAGAAGAGGGGCCACGUUAGCGCCGGCCACGGACGUAUCGGCAAGCACCGGAAGCAUCCCGGUGGUCGCGGUAACGCCGGAGGCAUGCACCACCAUCGCAUCCUCUUCGACAAGUAUCACCCGGGUUACUUCGGGAAGGUCGGUAUGCGCUACUUCCAUCGCCUCCGCAACAAGUUCCACUGCCCCAUCGUCAACAUCGACAGCCUCUGGUCCCUCGUCCCCGAAGGUGUCAAGGACGAGGCCUCCAAGAGCGGCAGCGGCCCAAAUGCUCCGCUCAUCGACGUCACCCAGUUUGGGUACUUCAAGGUCCUCGGCAAAGGGGCGUUGCCUCCGGGCCGCCCCAUCGUCGUGAAGGCCAAGCUUGUGUCGAAGAUUGCUGAGAAGAAGAUCAAGGCAGCGGGCGGCGCUGUCGUGCUCACUGCUUGAUCCUGUCGGUUAGUGCUCCAUAGCUCGAGUGCUGGUCUAGGUUUCAUUUGAAUUUCUGGCGUUUGUUUGGAUUUGGAUCUGGAUCUGAUGAAUUCAUUGCUAAAUUGCUGUGGUCGUCAAGUUUUUGUGUCUUCCAUUAAACGUUUUGGUCAAUUUGAAUGCUUAUUAUUAGUCAAA